AUGACGUGGACGGUGGCGUUGGCCGUUGCUGUGGCCAUCACCGCGUCGUGCGCGGGCGACGACAGCCUGCGCUGGGGCACCUACCACUCGGGUCUCUACUUUGGCGUCCGAUCGCGGACGCACCCGACGCAUGUCAGCGCAGGCCUUCUCUGGACGUCGGCCAACGAAGACGUGAGCCAGCUCAAGCACGAGUGCUCGGAGCGCGACCGGCUCGAGUCGUACGGCUGGACCAAGCACAAUGGGCGAUCGUUCGGCCAGCAGACGAUCCGCGACCGGCUCAACCGCAUGGCCAUCGAGACGACGUUCCUCAAGCCACCGGCGCACGACGGCAGC